AUGGCGUCGCAGAAGAGAUUCAUCUUCGAGGUGGAAGCGGCGAAGGAAGCCACCGAUGGAAAGCCUUCCGUUGGUCCUGUCUAUCGCAGUACUUUCGCUAAAGACGGUUUCCCUAACCCGAUCGACGGAAUCGACAGCUGUUGGGAUAUUUUCCGAACGGCUGUUGAGAAAUAUCCAAACAAUCGAAUGCUUGGUAACCGUGAGAUUGUGAAUGGGAAGGCAGGAAAGUACGUGUGGAAAACAUACAAAGAAGUAUAUGACAUUGUCAUUAAACUUGGAAAUUCUCUCCGUAGCUGCGGGAUCGAGGAGGGAGCAAAAUGUGGUAUCUAUGGUGCGAAUAGUUCUGAAUGGAUCAUAAGCAUGGAGGCUUGUAAUGCACAUGGCCUCUAUUGUGUCCCUUUAUACGAUACUUUAGGUGCUGGUGCCGUGGAAUUCAUUAUUUCGCAUUCCGAGGUGUCAAUCGCUUUUGUGGAGGAGAAGAAGAUCCCUGAGCUUUUUAAGACAUGUCCAAACUCCACAAAGUAUAUGAAGACUGUUGUGAGCUUUGGAGGUGUCAAACCAGAACAAAAAGAAGAAGCUGAAAAGUUAGGAUUGGUUAUACAUUCUUGGGAUGAGUUUUUGAAGCUGGGUGAAGGUAAACAAUAUGAUCUUCCAACUAAAAAGAAAAGCGACAUAUGCACUAUAAUGUAUACUAGCGGAACCACUGGUGACCCAAAGGGAGUUUUGAUUUCUAACGAAAACAUUGUUACUAUCACAACUGGAGUCAUGCAUUUCCUACAGAGUGUAAACGAAACCCUAUCUGAGAAGGAUGUAUAUAUAUCUUAUCUCCCUCUUGCACACGUCUUUGACCGUGCUAUCGAAGAAUGUAUCAUUCAAGUAGGUGGUUCCAUUGGUUUCUGGCGUGGGGAUGUCAAGUUGUUGAUUGAAGACCUUGGUGAGCUAAAACCAAGUAUCUUUUGCGCUGUUCCUCGUGUCCUGGAUCGAGUAUACACAGGGCUGCAGCAGAAACUAUCUGUUGGUGGUUUCUUCAAAAAGAAGGUUUUCAAUGUUGCUUUUAACUACAAAUUUGGAAAUAUGAAGAAGGGACAGUCUCAUGUUGCAGCCGCUUCAUUCUGUGACAAACUUGUCUUCAACAAGGUUAAACAAGGACUCGGAGGAAAUGUGAGGAUUAUUCUAUCUGGAGCAGCUCCUCUCGCUAGUCACAUUGAGUCAUUUCUUAGAGUUGUGGCUUGUUGUCAUGUUCUACAAGGAUAUGGUCUAACUGAGAGCUGUGCUGGAAAUUUUGUCACGUUCCCUGACGAACUAGACAUGCUUGGAACAGUUGGUCCACCAGUGCCAAACGUUGAUAUACGCCUCGAAUCAGUCCCGGACAUGGAAUACGAUGCUCUUGGGAGUACUCCGCGUGGAGAAAUAUGCAUCCGUGGGAAAACUCUCUUCUCUGGUUACUACAAACGUGAAGAUCUCACAAAAGAACUUCUUAUUGAUGGAUGGUUUCACACAGGUGAUGUCGGUGAGUGGCAACCAGAUGGAAGCAUGAAGAUUAUUGACCGCAAAAAGAACAUCUUCAAACUCGCUCAAGGAGAGUAUGUUGCGGUUGAGAGUUUAGAGAAUGUCUAUGGUCAAGUAGAAGCCAUUGAUUCAAUAUGGGUGUAUGGGAACAGCUUUGAGUCCUUCCUUAUCGCGGUGGCUAACCCGACACAACAAACUCUUGAACGUUGGGCCGUAGAGAAUGGAGUGAGUGGAGACUUCAACUCCAUUUCCCAAAACGAAAAAGCAAAAGCAUUCAUACUUGGAGAACUCGUUAAGGCAGGCAAAGAGAGAAAGUUGAAGGGUUUUGAGAUCAUUAAAGCUGUUCAUCUAGAGCCGGUGGCUUUCGACAUUGAAAGAGACCUUCUUACUCCAACCUACAAAAAGAAGAGACCUCAAUUGCUCAAAUACUAUCAGAAUGUGAUUGAUGAAAUGUACAAGACUGUAAAGGAUGGUCAAGCUUCCGGACAGUAG